GUUUCAGUCGAACGUUGUGUCGGCUCGUUGUUGCCUGGAGACGGCUCGGGUAGCUGUUGCUAUAGGAAAGCUGGCCCUGGAAAAACCUGCACGCGCCGACUAUCUCUGAACAUUCUAGAAUUCCGCAGGAUGUCUGCACUUCCUGCAAAGCCCGGACUGCGCCACAGUGUGUCAGAGUGGUACAGCAACAACCACCAGCUGUCUGGCACAGCACAACAUGAGCAAUAUGUUUCUAACGUGAUCCGGCAGGAAGGGAGGUCACUACGCAACGAGACCAGCUGUAAGACAACCUGGGAUGAAAGCGAUACCUCUCGCAGGUUGAGUGACCGGGUCUGGGAUGUUGCCCGGUGGAAAGAGGCGUUAGAAACCUGCGCACAGAAAGUGGAUGAAGAGAUGGAGGCUCUGACCCUGUCUAAAGAGCAAACCGAGCAGGCCCUGGCUGCGACUGCUGUUCCCCUGGAGGUCUGUAGCGAAUGCUUGACACUGAGGGACAGACGGCGAGGGUUCGAGCUUGUCACUGACCCCGUAGACAAGCAGCUGAAAAAAGAAGCAGAGCUGAUUGAAAGAGUGCAGCAAGUUCUGCAGCAGCACAUAGACAAGGCCUUUGAGCAGCUGUGUGUUUUGCAGGAGGCUCGGCAUCAGCUGACCGCUGACCUCCAGAACAAGAUGGACGCCCUGGACAUUGAUAUGUCCUGCUUGUCACUUACAAUAAAGUCACCUCAGAUCUCCCUGAAGACCAACCCAACUCGCAUACCAUCUGGUUCCUCCACCCCCCAAGAGUGGCUCCAGUUCAGCCAGUAUAAUGUGGCUCGUGCCCAGGAGGCCAUACAGGUGUCCCAGCAAAUGAGGGAGGACAUGAGUCUCACCAGAGCCCAGCUCCAGAAUGAGUUGAACACUCAGCACAGGGCCACAGAGUUUGCUCUUCGUAAGCGUAAUCACCAUGAAGAGCAAGCCCGCGAUGAGCUGGAGUGGCAAAUAAGAAAUACUGAAGAUGAAAUGGCAGAAAUGGAGAGCGAUAUCCACGGGCUGGAUGCAGAUCUGCUGGCGAAGACGGCCUCCCUGAAACUGGCUCACACCCGACUGGAGAACAGGACCAACAGACCUGGCAUGGACCUGUGCAGAGACGAGGUGCAGCACGGCCUCGUUAAUGAAGUCCAUCAGCUGGAGGCCACAAUCAUGGCUCUGAAACAGAAGCUGUCUGAGGCUCAGCACUCCCUGCAGAAGAUGAAGCUCCAUCGCGCUCGCAUGCUGCAGGAUCUUUCCAGAAAACAGGAAGCUCUGUCUCUGGAACAACGAAGCAUGAACACCCGGACCCGCCUCACAUCCACCUCCUGCACUGAUAAAACCCCGGUGCUGCUGGUCCCACUCACAAACUCCAGUGGGAGGAGCAACCUGCAGCUGCUGGCUCAGUAAGACGACGGUAUCCAGUUUUUGAAGGGAAGGGAUACAACUCAACAAAUAUAUUAGGAUGAUUCAGUCAUUUUUAGCUUUGACGUCAUGUUUUUAACCCUUUACAUGACAGAAAUGUUCUCUCCAUACUUCAGAUACAUUCAACUCUGAUGUCUUAAAUGAAUUAAUCAUCCCCAUUACUGAAGAAGAAAACAUUUUCCUGUGUUUUAAUUUAUUGAUUUCAACAUGAACUGUCAUCCUCUUGCAAAAAAUGUUCUCCUGGACCUUCUUUUGUGUGGUUAAUAUGCGUUUAGCUGUGUUGUGUUAAAUUAUCAGUUAUGUGCUUUACCUGUGUCUAUUUAACUUCCAAAACAUCCAAAUUAUGUUUAAAAUGUAGAUUAUAUGCUUGCUUCCUUUGUCUUAAUUAAACAUUUAGUCAAGAUAUUUCUGGCAUCUGAAUCUAUUCGUGCAUUUGAGGUUGUCUUUUUUUAGAAUUUAGUGACUGUGUACAAAAUUCCCAAGUGGAGGUGCUCACGUUCAUGCCUGGUAAGGUCAUUACUUUUAUCGACCAUUAGCUUUAAUGGCUGUGUUUGGCCUCAUCAUAUUGUUUGAUCAACUGAUGCUGUUUGGAGCAUGAAGACGGUGAUAAUGACGUGAACUUUGACUCAUACAGCAUAUGCAGUUUAGAUAAAAAAUCUGGUAAACAGGCACUAAAUACGGCCCCUGAGACAAUAAACCCCCUUUAACUCUCA